AUGCACAUUAGUACUCCCAACAAAAUGUAUUUACAACAUUGCUUUUACAGAAUGAUGAACGACAUGUUGAAAAUCGAGCCAGCCGAUGUUCUUCUCGUCGAAGGCAUACUCGUUCUGUACUGCAGUGAAAUUCGCGACGUGCUCGACAUGAAGCUGUUCGUUGACAUUGAUGCGGACACAAGGCUAUCCAAGCGAGUGUUAAGAGACAUCAACGAAAGAGGGCGAGAUUUGGAGACGAUUUUGUACCAGUAUUUGCAUUACGUUAAACCUGCUUAUGAGGAGUUUUGCCUACCGACGAAGAAAUACGCUGACGUGAUAAUUCCUUCGGGCGGCAACAACCCAGUAGCACUUCAGCUGAUUGUACAGCACAUCCAGGAAAUUUUGCGAUCACCGUCUUCGCCACCUUCAUCGACUCAGCCUGAAACUUCACUGCGUAGCCGUCACAUCAGCGAGUCGUUCGUCGUGCGGCCUCAUUGA